CAGGCGUGCCUGUCAGUUGUGAUUCAGCUGAAAGUGCAUUUCGUUCGUGGUUUGAUUCAAGAUGGCAAGACGCAUGAUGUCCCGGUUGGGCCAGUGGUCUUCUUAUGUUUUUGCAGUGGACUUCGAUACGAACUCUGACCCAAUCUACUUCGCCCUAGCAAGCAAGCAGAGCGAGCGGCAACAAGUGUUCAGAAAUGUCCUCGCUGAUGAAAUGUGCUACUCGCUCCAUGUGCAGAGCGAUGACAAAAUUGAAAGAGCAAAGUUUUAUGGAGGACUGAAAAAAAAACUUUCAAAAGAGUUACCUCCAGAAUGUACGAUUUUGGAAAUGUCCAUAUUUCAGCCCAAUGUCAAAGAUUCUGUCAUCAAAGGAUAUUUUCUAAAAGACGCAUCUAAGUCCUCAGCGACUGAACGAGUAUUAGGCGAGUUGCUUCGCAAUGACCCAGUCUAUGUAUGCUCCUACUUGUGCGGGGGAGAGGACAGACAGUGGUCGCAACACCUGUGGUCCAAUACAAAAGACGGUUGGGUGGAGGUGUUGGAGAAAUACUGCGUGGUACCUGCUGAAAAGCCAGUGCAUCAUCCUUCAACUCUCAACAUUAUCAACUAUGACGUGUUCUAUAGUUUUGAGGAUGCCUACAAAGUUCUGCAACAGUGUGUUGACAUCAUCCCGGAGUCCAAGGCAGUGCUGGAGCUUGUGGACCAGCGACUCGAGUCUAAGGAGAAAACGGACUUUCCUGUUAUUGUCAUAGAGGGACUGGAUGCUACAGGGAAAACCACUCUGACUGAGUCCCUGACGGAGGCACUGGGGGCCACUCUCCUGAAGUCCCCUCCGCAGUGUCUGUCCCCAUGGAGGGCCCGCUUCGACACUGAGCCCCCCCUCAUCCGCAGGGCCUUCUACGCCCUUGGGAAUUACCUGACAGCAGGACAGAUAGGCCAGGAGGCCAGACAAGCACCUGUCAUUGUAGACAGGUACUGGCACAGCACAGCAGCCUAUGCCAUUGCCACGGCGGUGGGUGGUAAGCUGGGUAACCUGCCCCAGGCUGGCAGUGAGGUGUAUGGCUGGCCAUGGGACCUCCUGAGGCCCAGCCUGGUGCUGAUGCUCAGCCUCAGCUCACAGGAGAGGAUGAGGAGACUACAGGUCAGAGGUCAGGACAAGACCAUGGAGGAGGAGGAGCUGGAGGCCAAUCACCUGUUCAGACAGAAAGUGGAGGAGGCUUACCAGCGGAUUGAGGGCCCGGCCUGCGUCACUGUGGAUGCCAGUCCUUCUCCAGACCAAGUGCUCCAACAAGUGCUACUUUUAAUUAGGGAAAAAUGCCACUUGUAAACAGCUCCUCUCCUCCUCUCCCAGUCUUGCCCCAGAUGGCUAAUAUUCCGUUGUGGUCCACUAGGUGGUAGUAGAGUGCCAUUGAUUUGACAGAGGCAGGGCUAGUGAGAAGAGGGCAGAGUGUAGUAGAGGAUCUGGACUGUGGAUAAGCCUCAUAUGGCAAAGGGCCAGUACUACACACUCACACACACACACACAAUCAUGCAUGCACACAGUAGCACACAGUCUCUCUCCUUCACACACACACGCACACAGAUAGAACCAAGACCCCGACCAGUGCAUGUCACAACAUGUCCUAUUCUGUAUGACUGCCAUCAGUGAGAUGAGGAGAAACGUUAUUAUGAAUGCCAUUGUGUUCUGUCAGUAGUGAUGCUUAGGGAUAUGCAGCCAGACAGCCCGCGGUGACAACCAUUUUUAUUAGGCCUGAGAUUCAGGAAAUGAAAGGGAGGGUUUGUAUAGUCAUCAGUCACUUCUAUUUCAUUGAAACAUAUGGGCCAGCAGCUAACUCUACAAUUCCCUUUUGAAGUAGCGAAAUGGACCCAGGGAUUAAAACGCACACACAGAGCAAUAUGAUACAUUUCACAUUACAAUAACACUGCUCAUUUGUUUGAGUACUAUUUCAAAUUAAAGGAAACAUAUUGAAUAUA